UAUUUCCGCAGGGACGUGUGUUUUUUUUCAAUUCUCCACGUCUGUUCGAGUCUCGUCAUGGAGGAUUACGAUUUGACAUGGUCACAACAUGGGGAAGAAACUUUUCGGGCGUUUGUUGACCUACGAGCUGGGUCAGCACACGUGGACGUGCUGCUCUUUUGCGGUGAUGACACGCUUGAGGCGCACAAGGUCAUCCUGGCUGCGUCUUCGUCGUACUUCGAGCGACUUCUCAACACGGUGGCCAACGAAUAUUCGCGCUACACGAUCGUGGCCCUGGCCCAAAUGGACCCUUUCCUCCUGCGCUUGGUCGUUGACUUUAUGUACAGUGGGUCAGUGACUGUGCCUUUUGACCGUCUUGAAGAGUUCAUGGCAAUGGCAGAUUUGCUGGAGGUGCGAGGAUUGGAGUCCAGUGCUGAUUACUCCCUCGCGAGUCGUGGGAAACGGAGUGGUCCGUUGAAGCGAAAAUCGUCUGCUCGAAUGCCUCUCGGAGUGUCUCACUUGAAAGUUCCUGCGUUGACGAUUGAUUCAAAGCCUGGUACAAGUCAUUCAGCCCCCAUGCAUCCUGGAAUGGUUACUGAAGACCACUCUCAGAACCUGAAUCCCUCUGCUGAAGAACACCUUUCCUGUUACCCUCCGGACAUAAAGCCUUGUAAAAUCGAAGAGAAUCACACGGGUCAUAUACCGGAGAUGCCAGGGGCCAGCAGCAAAAAUCCAUUUCCCAUGAAUUUUCCGGAGUACCUCUCGGAAUGCUAUGAUCCAGAGGAAAUGGCGAGGCAAUGUGCUACAGAGGCAGGAGUUAUUGGCGUUGCCGCCAAUCCAGAAGCAUGCAGCAGGUAUUUGUGCGAAAUGGAGGAUUACGAUUUGACGUGGUCGGAACACGGGGAUGAGUCGUUCCGGGCGUUUAUGGACCUUCGAGCUGGUUCAAGUCACGUGGACGUGCUUCUGUUUUGCGGGGAUGACACGCUGGAGGCACAUAAGGUCAUCUUGGCGGCAUGUUCGUCUUAUUUUGAGCGACUGCUCAACGCUGUUGCCAAUGAUUAUUCCCGGUAUACGAUUGUUGCUAUGGCACAAGUGGAUCCGUUUCUCCUGCGACUCGCCAUCGACUUUAUGUACAGUGGGAAAGUGACUGUGCCUUUUGACCGACUGGAAGAGUUCAUGGCGUUGGCAGAUUUGUUGGAGGUGCGGGGAUUGAAGUCCAGCACGGAACAUGCCCUAUCCAGUCUUGGGAAACGAAUAACCUCGUUGAAGCGGAAAGCGACUGCGCAAGUGCCUGCGCCAGAAUUGCAUCCCAAAGUUCCUGCGCUGAUGAUAGAUUCGAAGCCUGGUACAAGUCACUCAGAUCUCGUCGAUCCUGAAAUGGUUACUGAAGACCACUCUCAGAACAUGGAUUCCACUGCCAUAGACCCACUACUCUUUUAUACUGAAGAUGUAAAGCCCUACGAAGACGAAGAAAAUCUUUCACUUCACACACACGAGAGGUCAGGUGCCAGCAGCAACGAUCAGUUUGCCAUGCAGUUCGCUGGAGUUAGGAAAAAAGUCUCUUACGCGGAGAAAGUGGCGAGACAGUGUGCAUAUGAAGCAGGAGUCACGUUUGAAAACAUUAAAGAACUGUGCAAGAGGUGUGACGUACAAAUGAGGCCGGCCAGACGGAAGAAUAAGAGAGGCGAAACUGGAUGCGAGCUUCAAAUCAAAUUAGAACCAAGCAGCAGUAGCAUGGAUGAUAGUAUCGGUGCUGUUGAAUCCGAGGAGUACGUCGAGGACGAUUUCAGUGGGCUGAACGAUGUUCAUGGGAAUAUUCCUCCGGAAUUCUUGAAGCAGAGGCCUGUGCUUGUGUCUCUGUUGUUGUUUACGGCUUGUUGGAGUCGCGCCAUGGAGGAUUACAAUUUGACCUGGACCCAACACGGGGAAGAGUCGUUUCGGGCGUUCGUCGACCUACGAGCUGGGUCAAGUCACGUGGACGUGCUCCUGUUCUGUGGGGAUGACACGCUGGAGGCGCAUAAGGUCAUCUUGGCGGCGUGUUCGUCUUAUUUUGAGCGACUGCUCAACGCGGUGGCCAAUGACUAUUCACGAUACACGAUUGUGGCCCUGGCCCGAAUGGACCCGUACCUUCUGCGACUCGCCGUCAACUUCAUGUACAGUGGGAAAGUGACAGUGCCUUGUGAUCGGCUGGAGGAGUUCAUGUCAUUGGCAGAUUUGUUGGAGGUUCGAGGAUUGAAGGCCAAUCCGGAACAUGGCAUUGCCAGUUUUGGAAAACGGAUGAAUCCCAUGAAGAGAAAAGCAUCAGCACAAAUGCUUUCAGGAGAAUCUCAUUCAAAAGUUCCUGCUGCAAUGUCUGAUUCCAAGCCUGGAACAAGCCAGUCAGAUGUCAUGGACCCUGAAAUGGAUCCUGGAUGUGAGCUAGAGAUAAAAGAAGAACCCAAUAGCAGUAGUAUGGAUGACGGUUUCGUUGCGGUCGAGUCAGAAGAGUAUGUGGAAGACGAUUUCGGUGGGCUGAGUGACGUGCCAGGAAACAUUCCUCCGGCAUUCUUGAAGCAGACCCAGUUUGUGCGGAUCGGGACGCGGGCGUGGCACGGCAGACGGUCCGACGGAGUGGCGGGUUACUUUUGCGAGCAGUGUUUGUAUUCGACGUGUCGUCGCGGUGACGUUUUGCGACACGAACGGUCCCACUUGAAGCCUCAUCAUCGUCGGUCGUCAGCGUCGCGCAAUGCGACAGCGUCGUCUCAUCACCAACAGCAGCAGCAGCGGCGUCUGGUGAUGGGCGUCCCUCGCGGCGCCGCUGCUGCUGCUGCUGCAUCCAAUGACGAUGACGGCGGGGCUGGUGGCGGCACUGCGGCGUCUUGGUCCGCCUUGCCCGGCGACGGCGGUGAUGCCAUGGGCGAAGAUGGUCAUCAAUAGGUGGGUAUAUACGAGGGUUGUCCCACUUCCGCUUGGCCUUGGGUAUUUCUGGAGUAAUUACCGCUGUAAAAAAAAGUAUAUUAUGCAGCCCAUGAAAUUGUAAGGUUCUGGGAUUUUUAUAAUAAAAAAAAACGCAGAAGGUUCAUACAAUUUUGAGGUUGAAAUAAAAAUAUCCCACGCAGAAACUAAGCCUUGAAUGAUGUUUUGGAAGAGGAAAUAAAUGAAUUUUAACUGAACCCCUGCUCUUGGAAAAAUGAAAAUGCACUUAGGUUUUAAUUUGUUGCAACAAAAUGAUCAUUGAAAAAAUUUCACGAGAUGUAGGAAAUUCCAUGCUGAUAACAACAUAAAAUUGUACUUUUUUUUGUCUGGCCUGAAAAAGUUUCAGCAGCUUGUUACAUGGGUGGAGAACCCUCCCCAAUACUGGAAAGUUUUCACUCGUCAUCUUGCAGUAAAUCUAAGAUUUGUUGUAACCUUACAAUUGCGUGGGUUACAUCAUAUAAUUUUUUUUUUAUAAGAGUAGGCGAACUUCUUUUUUUUUUUUUUGCUAUUCCCGUGCUAUCUUUUUUCUCUUCUGCGGUUUCAGUACAGUAUAUGCAUGGGUACAUCGACAUACGGACGAUUCCACUGGAAGACACUUGAAACUUUAAAAAAAAUCUUUCCCUGUCAUCUGGACGAAGUCUAAAGAUACGGAAACUUCUCAAACAUUUCUGUAAAGGUUGAAUUUCAUUUUUCUAAAUUUCUAAGUUUUGAACAACUUUAGCUAUUUGUUUUCACAAUAAUUGAGAAAGAAAUGAUGCUCUUAUUUAAAUUUUUCAGCUCUUUGGUCGAAACUCGAGAUUAGCAAAAAAAAAAAAGAAGAAUCCGCCAACUUGUUUGAAAGCUGGGGCUCUCACAUUUCUUGAAAAGAUUGUUUUGGAAAGCUGUAAGUUUCGUAGAAAACAGUUUGAGUUUUGCUCCCGCGUGUUUCUUCUUACGUGAGUGUAUGUUACGUUUUGUGAUCAUGAAUUUUGGCACGCGUGUGUUUGAGUGUGAUAUUCGAGGUGUCUUUGCUAAGACAUGCAAUCUUUGUGAAGUUUUUACGAGUUCAGGAAACUGUUCCGAUACGAAGAUUUUAUUGAUAUUGGUUUUUUUGAAUUUUUUUGUUGCUGGUGGAUUAUCCAAGUUGGUCAGUUUUCUCCUUGCGCGUGUUUCGUUUUGCUGUGUCACUGGUGGUUCUGUUUCACUCUGUUGAGUAUCUGGAAAGUUAAUAAAUAUUUUUGUUUCCAACUG